UGUUUUAGGUUAUUCAGGGUUGUCGUGCUUCAAAGCUCGACCUGCAACUUCCAUGGAGGUUGGAAUUGUCGUCGUGAUUUUAUUCGCGGGCUUUUUCUUUGCGCGAUCGGAGUUCAUUGUUUACAAUACUUCGCAAGGAGUCGUUCCCGAGAAAAUCAAUGUUCAUUUGGUUCCUCACUCCCAUGAUGAUGUUGGAUGGUUAAAGACAGUUGAUCAGUAUUACUUCGGUGGCAAUAAUUCGAUUCGGGGAGCUUGCGUUCAGAACGUCUUGGAUUCUGUAAUUCCAGCAUUGUUGGCCGACAAGAAUCGGAAGUUCAUCUAUGUUGAGCAGGCAUUUUUCCAGCGGUGGUGGAGACAGCAGAGUGAGACCGUUCAGCGAAUAGUCAAGCAACUCGUCAGCUCGGGUCAACUAGAAUUUAUAAAUGGAGGUAUGUGCAUGCAUGAUGAGGCUACACCACAUUAUAUUGACAUGAUUGAUCAGACGACUUUGGGGCAUCAAUUUAUCAAACAAGAGUUUGGUCAGACCCCAAGAAUUGGUUGGCAGAUUGAUCCUUUUGGGCAUUCUGCAGUGCAGGCUUACUUGCUUGGGGCGGAGUUAGGGUUCGACUCUCUGUUUUUUGCUCGGAUUGAUUACCAAGACAGAGCAAAGCGGAAAGACGAGAAGAGUCUUGAGGUUGUAUGGCAGGGUUCAAAGUCCCUUGGUUCGUCUUCACAGAUAUUCACAGGUAUAUUCCCCAGGCAUUACGAUCCUCCUGAUGGCUUCACAUUUGAAUUAUAUGAUGAAUUUCCCCCAGUUCAGGAUGACAUUCUUCUGUUUGACUACAAUGUCCAAGAGCAAGUGAAUGACUUUGUGGCUGCAGCUUUAUCACAGGCUAAUGUAACCAGGACAAAUCAUAUAAUGUGGACCAUGGGCACAGACUUUCGCUAUCAAUAUGCAAACACAUGGUUUAGGCAGAUGGACAAGCUUAUUCAUUAUGUCAACAAGGAUGGACGUGUCAAUGCCCUUUAUUCAACCCCAUCCAUUUACACUGAUGCAAAAUAUGAAACAAAUGAAUUGUGGCCUGUUAAGACCAGUGACUUCUUCCCUUAUGCAGAUCAUGAAAAUGCAUAUUGGACAGGAUACUUCACAAGUAGGCCAGCCUUCAAAGGUUAUGUCAGAAUGAUGAGUGGUUACUAUUUGGCAGCAAGACAAUUGGAAUUUUUCAAAGGUAAAAAUAGUUCAGGUCCCCACACAGACACAUUGGCAGAUGCUUUGGCUAUUGCUCAACACCAUGAUGCAGUUAGUGGUACACAAAGGCAACAUGUGGCUGAUGAUUAUGUGAAACGCUUGGCGAUGGGCUAUCUGGAGGCUGAGGAGUUAGUUGCAUCUUCUCUUGCUUGCUUGACUGAGUCGAGACCAAAUACGGGAUGCGGGAAUAUAGCGACUAAAUUUCAACAGUGUCCACUCCUGAAUAUAAGUUACUGUCCUCCUUCAGAAGUUCCUAUGUCUCAUGGGAAGAGCUUGGUCAUUGUUGUCUACAAUCCUCUUGGGUGGAAGAGAGAUGAUGUUAUUCGAAUUCCUGUGACCAGUGAUUUGGUUACAGUUCGGGAUUCGAGUGGAAGAGCAAUUGAAUCUCAGCUUCUACCUGUAGCCAAUUCCUCUGUGGGCAUAAGAAACUACCAUGUUAGGGCAUACUUGGGCAAAUUCCCAAGUGAAGCCCCUAAGUAUUGGCUUGCAUUUUCUGCAUCUGCACCUCCUCUUGGCUUCAACACUUAUUUUGUCUCAAGUGUGGAUCGGACAGGUGUUAGUUCAACCAGAUCAACUGCAUAUACAUCAGAAGGAGCUGAAAAUGGUACCAUUGAAGUUGGGCAAGGAAAUUUAAAGCUCAAUUAUGCUCUAGAGAAAGGCAAACUCACUCAAUAUGUUAAUAGCAGAAGCUUGGUCAAAGCGUUUAUAGAACAAUCUUACAGUUUUUAUGCUGGAAAUGAUGGAAGUGACAAAGAUUCUCAGGCAUCUGGAGCAUAUAUCUUUCGUCCGAAUGGAUCAUUUCCCAUAAAAUCUGAAGCACAGGUUCCCUUGACUGUUCUGCGGGGACCAGUAUUGGAUGAAGUACAUCAACAUAUCAAUCCAUGGAUUUACCAGAUCACCAGGGUGUAUAAUGAGAAGGAGCAUGCUGAAGUUGAGUUCACUGUUGGUCCUAUACCUGUCGAUGAUGGAAUUGGGAAAGAAGUCGUAACUCUAAUUACAACACCCAUGAAGACCAAUAAAACAUUCUAUACAGAUUCUAAUGGACGUGACUUUAUUAAAAGGAUUCGAGACUAUAGAUCUGGCUGGGAUCUGCAAGUGAACCAACCCAUUGCUGGAAAUUAUUACCCAAUAAAUCUAGGCAUUUACAUGGAAGACGACAAUGUGGAACUCUCAGUUUUGGUAGAUCGAUCUGUGGGAGGAUCUAGCACGGUGGAUGGACAAAUAGAGCUGAUGCUCCAUAGGAGGUUGCUCCAUGACGAUCAUAGAGGAGUAGGAGAGGUACUGGAUGAAAAGGUCUGUCUCCAUGAUGAAUGCACGGGACUAACGAUCAAUGGAAAAUUUUAUCUCAGAAUUGACCCCAUAGGAGAAGGUGCCAAGUGGCGCCGCAAAGUUGGUCAAGAGAUAUACUCUCCAUUUCUCCUUGCCUUUGCAGAACAGGAUGGAGAUAACUGGACAAGUUCUCAUAUACCGACUUUUUCAGGCAUGGAUCCUUCAUACAAUUUACCUGAUAAUGUUGCAAUGAUUACACUACAGGAGGUUGAAGAUGGAAAAGUUCUCCUUCGGUUGGCACACCUAUACGAGAUUGGAGAGGACAAGGACCUUUCAGUAAAGGCAAGCGUGGAGCUGAAAAAAUUGUUUCCAAAUAAGGAGAUCAGCAGAGUAACAGAGAUGAGCUUAUCUGCUAAUCAAGAAAGAGCUGAGAUGGAGAAGAGAAGGCUACGUUGGAAAACGGAGGCUCCAAAGGAAGAAACAAAGGUAGUGAGAGGAGAACCUGUUGAUCCCGUGAAGUUAAUAGUAGAGCUGGGUCCCAUGGAAAUCCGGACCUUCAUUGUCAAUUUUGAAUACAUAUUCUUAGCUCACAUGGUUGAUCCAUAAAAGGUAAGUAAAACCAGAGUGUACAGUGUUUUCAAGCUGCUGUUAAAGUUCCUGUGUGAAGGAGCUUCUUCAGAGCAGCUGAAACUACUUGCCUUUUUACUCCAAA